GCGGCAGCCAUUGGGCGUUCAUCCCGGGGAGGGGCGGAGUCCCUGCAGACCCGGAAGCUGUGCAUCGCCGUGCGCAGGACAAGCUACAGAAAGAGAGCAGCAUGGCGGCCGCUGGAGUGACCACCGGGGACGAUGAGCGCUUUGAUGGGAUGUUGCUGGCUAUGGCUCAGCAGCACGAGGGGGGCGUGCAGGAGCUAGUAAACACUUUCUUCAGUUUCCUGAGGCGAAAAACAGAUUUCUUUGUGGGUGGUGAAAGUGGAGCAGCUGAAAAGCUAAUCAAUGAGGCGUACAGUCACCACAAUAAACUGGCUCGUGCAGCCAGGGAAAAGAAUGAGGCUGAGCAGCGGGAGCGCACAGCUGCAAAGCGAGAGCAAGUGGCCAAGCAGAAAGCAAUGGAGCCUGGUGAGCCAAGGAUCACAGAGCUCACUGACGAAGAGGCUGAUAAACUUCAAAAGGAAAUUGAGCAGAAUAAAGCCAGAGAGCAAGAGAUGACCAUUGGUGGAGCUGGCGAAAAACAAGAGGUCCAAAAGGAUGGAAAUGAUGAGGACGAAGAGGAAGAUGAAAAAGACAAAGGGAAGCUUAAGCCAAAUUCAGGCAAUGGAGCCGACCUUCCCCACUACCGCUGGACACAGACCCUCUCAGAAGUAGAUCUGGUUAUUCCGUUCCCUGUUUCUUUCCGCCUGAAGAGUAAGGAUGUGCAAGUGGAUAUACGGUGUCGGAGGCUCAGUAUUGGCAUUAAAGGCCAAAAGCCUGUGCUGGAUGGUGAGCUCUAUAAUGACAUUAAAGUGGAAGACUGCUCAUGGUUAAUAGAGGAUGGCAAAAUAGUAACCGUUCAUCUAGAAAAGAUCAACACAAUGGAAUGGUGGAGCCGUGUUAUACAGACAGAACCAGAAUUGAAUACCAAGAAAAUUAACCCUGAGAACUCAAAGCUUUCUGAUUUAGAUGGAGAAACUCGCAGUAUGGUAGAAAAAAUGAUGUAUGAUCAGAGACAGAAAUCAAUGGGCCUUCCAACGUCAGAUGAACAGAAAAAGCAGGACAUCUUGAAAAAGUUCAUGGAACAGCACCCAGAAAUGGACUUUUCUAAAGCAAAAUUUAGUUGAUCAUUCCCCUCAGUUUUAUCUACCCUGUGAAGUCUUUGGAAAGAAACCCGAAGGACUGCAGUACUACGGGUGAAAAAGAUUGUUAGCUUGUUUUGUUCCUGCUUAAAAUGGAAGUACUUGUACACACAUAUGGAUGAAGCAUGACUGAUACUACACUGAAAAAAUAAGACAUUCUGCUCCUAUUAAAUCUGUUGUAUGCUUUCAUUAUCAA